AGCCUACCUCCAGCUCGACAUACACAAAAUGGAUCGCUCAGCCCCUCUUCCAACUCCUUGCAAACGAGACUGGGCGGCCGAAAUCAAGUCUACUAUAACUAAUAAUAAUCUUGCCUCAUUCUCUAGCCUCCUAUUGGAAUGGCGUUCGAGCGCCUCAUCCUCAUCCCCUCCUCCUUCCGCCCCUCCUCUCGCCGCCUCUAUCCAUCCUACAGACGAGGAACUCUCAUCUCUCGCCCUCUCUGUUGCACUAUCAGGAGUCUCGGCCGAGUUCCUCCAGACACUUCAACAGGCUGGCUGGGAAGUUACCACAAGUCUACCUCCUACGACUUCUGCCUAUUUCUUGAAGAGCGCACUGCGGAACGAAGCUCUGACUUCAUGGCUGUUGGAGCAGGGCCUGGAUCCUAACAUUCUAGUCAGCAGGAGCAAAAAUAUCACAGCCUUAACAUAUGCAGCAUAUUACUCACCACCUGCCAUCCUCUCACUCCUGCUCCUACAUAAGGCCUCUAUCACAGAAAGCCGCGCCCUCUCAGCAGCAGUUCUCUGCCGCUCCUCAUCAUGGGAAAUCAAACUUGACAUACUGCUCCCCGCAGGCGCUGACGUCAAUGCACUUGAGUUGGAACUGCCAUGGUUGAUUGAUCCAGUCUCCAACUACCCGACUGUAAAGGGGACGCCGUUGCAUUGGACUGCUUACUGGGGGUUUAGAGAUAGGGGAGCGCGAUUAGUUGAGAGGGGUGCGGAUGUAGGGAUUAGAAAUAGUGAGGGCCUGACUGCUGCAGAGGUGGGCGAGAUGGCGAGGAAAUCAGGGCGCUUAUAUCGGGGCUGGUCAAGAAAACUAUUCUCAGAAGAGGCGCUGAACAGGGCGGAAGAGGAUCGUAUUUCCAGAUUAGUCUUUGAUAAGGAUAAAGCUCUUAAUAGUCCUAAUAACAGUUAGAGGAUGCGCGCGGCAUUGUCUAAUUUAGAUUACUUAAAGAGAUAGUAUGUUUAGG